AUGACCUGGCUAAAGUUAUGGAGGCCGAUCAAAAUAAACAGAAGCAAUCGUCCUAUUUUAGAUGACUUGGAGCAUAGCGUAUAUGUGAAAGAUAAUGUUGGCUUGUAUCAAGGUAAAGCCAAGAUAACGAACCAUCAAAAUGGACGGCUUUACCUCACUAACAAGAGGAUCAUCUACUUUGACAAUGACGAUUGCAAAAAUCAAAGUGCUGCAGUAGAUAUUAGGCACUUGACAUCGGCGGAACUAAUUGAUGGGUUUCUCAGAUCAUCGCCAAAAGUCAAACUAUUUAUAAAGACAGUUGAGAAUGAUGAUCAUGGAAAUGGUUCUGUGUUCAACGAACCAAAUAAUGUCACCUGGGUUUGCAAGAUCUGCUCCUUCAACAAUGUCAUUGAAGGCGCAUUCAAUUUGAACUUGGAUGAAAUGCCAAAGUGCAUUGCUUGUGGGGUACACCCUAGUCGAGCACACCUUGAGAAUGCUCUCGAAAAUGCUAGGUCACGACCUACACCCACUCCAAGUCCAGUGCCGAAUCUAGAUUCUACCCUGGAUGCGAGUGGUUAUUCAAGCUCUACUCCCUCCCAUAAUGGCCACGAAGUAUUGCAACCUUCUAGUCAGAGGCCAACUUCAUUGGUUACACUGACAUCACCGGGGGUUUGCCCCGUUUGUACUUUCCACAAUCACAAGUCUAUCAAAUUUUGCGAAAUGUGUGGCGCAGAAGUCAAUUCGAUGAACAAUGUGAGUAAUUCGGUCACACCAGAGAUUGAUAACAACCCACUUUCUUUGCAAUUGGAAUCGCCCGAGCAGUAUACAAAUGGACAACCUUAUAUUAAGAUUAGUUUCCGUAAAGGAGGCGAGAAGGAGUUUUUUCAGCGUGUUGCAAAUAUUAUAGAUGAAAUCAAGUGGGAAAAUUUGAAAAAAAAAGGUGGCAUUAAUCAAGAUGCUAAAAAAAUCGAGUCAACACAAUCGCCAACGCUGAAAAAAAAUGGAUCCGGAGCUAGAGCUAGAGCUAGAGUUGGCGUUGGAGCUGGAGCCGGACUCUCUGCAUUGGAGCAAAUUGGUGAACAACAGCGCAAAAAGAAUGAAUUGAUACUUAGCACAUCUUUGGAUGACCUUGAGCAACUUAUGUUUAAAUUCAAGGAUCUCAUGAACAUCUCUUCGUCGUUGUCUCAUCUUGCCUUUGGUCAACGGAAAACUGUUUUGUCACCAUUGAAUGUUAGCAGAUCCUCAAAGAUAUACCACCAGGAAUUGAGCCGACAUAUAAGCGAGUACCUUACAAGUUAUAAGUUGACAAAGAGUACCGCUAUGAUUACUUUGCAAGAUUUAUUUGCAGAUUACAAUAGGGAUUUGGUUAAAUCGCUGGGUUAUGCCUGUGAGCUCAUUGACGCUUCAGAUUUCAAGAAGCUGAUUGACUUGUUUCAAUCCUUGAAUUUACCGGUUGUGCAAGACCGAUAUGAGAAUUCUGAUUUGGUUGUUGUCAAACCUAAAAUUCAUGCUGAUACUUAUGGUGAGUUCAUUGUAAAGUUUUUGCAAAACCACGAGCAGAAUUGUAAAGAGAUUGAUUUGCGAAGAGAGCUAAUUGAUGAUGAAAUCACAAACGAAGGGAUGGUUUUCGAGGAAGGCUGUUAUGGAUCCUCGGUUACUCAAAUUUCACACGCUUUCAAUUGGUCAUAUAACAUUACCUUGGAGGAGCUAGACAAAUCGGUCAAAAGUGGCGAGAUUGUCAUAGAUCAAAGCAUAUCGGGGACAUUUUAUUAUGUUAAUAAAUUUCGGUUUUCGCAGGCUGAUUGGCACAACGAUGAAAAAGAAAUGGUUGUUAUCAAAAACUCUAUCGUUGAUGAGCAGAAAAAAAUUACCAUGGAUUUAAAAAGAGAUUUUAAAAGUCAAAGACAACAUGACCUUAUAAGCUUGCAACCCAAUUACGAGUUUGGUGCUGUGGCGGAUGAUGGUGGGCUCCUGGAAGAAUUUGCCGAGACUCCACCAGUAAAUGAUAUUCCACUUCAACAACAACUCAGUAGUAUUCAUUUGAAUGACUUGCAAGGAUUAAAAUUUUAA